AUGGUCGCCUCAGCUCUUCUCAUCACUUUCGUCUCCCUUCUUUCAAUCAUCAGCGCCUCCCCCGUCGAGAAGCGAUACUCAACCGUCAAAAUCCGAUCAGCAAGAGAUAACAAGUGUCUCUCUCCCCAAGGAGCAAGAUGGACCGAUGGUACUCAAGUGGUCACUGUUGAUUGCGCAUCAGCCGCCAGAUGGGAUAUCAACCCUGGAAGUGGAAGUGUUAUUCUUCAUGGAUCUACCUAUGCUUUGGAUGCUGGAACUGGUUCUACCAAUAACGCUAUUGUCAAGCUCGCUACUUCCACUCCUGGUGCAUUCCAACAAACUUGGUACCUCACUACUGACAACAGAAUCGCAAUCACCGGUGGAAAUCAAUGUCUCGACGAGGGCGAUAACGGACCACAAACCUACCAAUGUACCUCCGGCAAUACCAACCAAGUCUGGCUCAUCGAUCAAUAG